AUGGUUGCAAGCGCCAAGGCGAUUCAAGCGCUGGGCAAGUUCGCGUCUUGCGAUAUCGGAGAUGCCCUCGUGAACCUAGGUCUUCGCCACGGGGGCUACCUCUCCGGCUUGAAGAUGUACAGCCCAGGCUCAAACGGCACAGUGGCCAAGAUUUUCGGACCAGCAUAUACAGUGCGAAUGGUCCACGCAUCAGACAAAACCUCACCAAACCCACCGCACCACUUCGUCGACAAUAUCCCAAAGGGAAGUGUGGUGUUCAUCUCCCAGCCAAAGGGUCUAAUCAGCGCAUGCUGGGGCGGGCUAAUGAGCACGCGUGCAAAGAAGCUCGGUGCCGCUGGUGUUGUCAUCGAUGGUCGGUUCCGAGAUAUCGCUGAACACCGCGAAAUGAAUUUUGGUCUUUUUGCUCGAGGGUUGAGUAUUCUUGGAUCGAAUACCUUUACCCGGUCUUCGGAGCUUGAUGUGCCUGUUCCGUAUGAGAAUGUUGAGGUUGAUGAGAAGGUCACCAUUACUCCAGGUGACUAUAUUCUUGGGGAUCAGGAUGGUGUUGUAGCUGUUCCCGUUGAGUAUAUUGAGGAGUGUGUUAGGCUUUGUCAGGAGAGAUUUGAGAUUGAUGAGGAGACGAAGAAGUGUCUUGACGCUGGUGAGGAGAUGGGGCCUACUAUUAAGAUGUUGCGGAAGUAG